AUGAUUGCAGAGGUGGGAGUGCAGAAGAGGCUGUUUGGAUUGAGUCUGAAGAGAGAAAAACAGAAAGCUGAAGUCAAGGACAGAAGCACUUUAAAGGUUUUGCAAGCCAAAGACAGCAAAAUAGAAGCUUUAGAACAGAGGCUCACAUGACAGCAGCAGGAGAUAAACAGCUUAAUGCAGAGAAAAAAUGCUGUGGAUGAGGAAAAUACCCGUUUGAAGAAUGAAUUCGGUAGCUUGAACUGGAAAUUUAAAGAUAAAAGCCAAGAACUUAAGGACACUGAGGAGUGUGCACAGAAGAAGGAAGAGCAAAACAGACUGGUUAUAAAAAACCUGGAGGAGAAAAAUAAGGGAUUAAAUAUAUGCUGUGCUGACCUGCUAAGUGACCUGGAGAAACUGAGGAAGCAGGAGGCACAAUGGAAAAAAUCUGGCAAUGAUACCAGAAUAAAGGAUUUGGAAACUGAUUUAGCAGAGACAAGAGAGCAAAUUAAAAGUUGGCGCAGUAUAUGCAGUACCUUGUCAUCUCAGGUAGAUGUGAAACAGGAAGAAUGUUUCCAAAAGGAUUUUGAUGUGGUCGGAGCUGAGAAGGAGUUGGAGGAGCUACAGAAUCUUUACAGACAAAACACUGAAGAUAGAACACAGCAGGCUGAGCUGAUAAAGCAGCUAGAGUCUCUCAAUGCUGAUACACAAGAAGUACUGCAAGACCAAGAAUAUGCUCACACAGCUAAAACAACAUAUGAAAAAGUAUUUCAACAGCCUAUAAGUGAGCUAGAGGGCUGUAUUACAGUGCAAGAAUCAGAAAUGGAGCUUUUACAGAAAAAUUGAAGGAAGUGGAUCUUAACUGCAGAGCAUAAUUUGUACACUACAGAUACUCUGGAAAGCAACAAUAUAAGGACUGGAAGAAAGCACAAGGAACCACCUGUGAAAUGUUCAAGGUCUCUGUCCCCAAAGAGCUCUUUUAGAGAGUCAGAGGAGUCUCAAGAAUCUUAUGAGCUAAGAGCAGCCUAUGGAAAACACGAAGAAAGGCUGCAGAUGUUACAGCCCAACUACAGAGUGCUAAAAGAGCAAUUAAAGCAGUGGGAAGAGGGCAGUAGCAGCCUUGAAAAUAGUAAAAGCAGAUACCAGCAUACAGGCUCCUGUCAGCUCUGUCAAGAAAAUCCUGAUGUGAUGUGGAAUGAACUGGCUUUUUUCAAAAGGGAGCACAAAAAGCUGCUGAUUGAGAAACUGAAUCUUGAGGACGAAUUGGAUCAGAUGAAAAUACAACAAUCUUCACUUUUUAAACUUAGUGAAGAUGAUGGGGUCAAGGGUAAUACUCCAAAGAGGUAUAUGAGAGAAGUUUCACAUGAGAUGCUACAGAAGAUACAACAACUAGAAAGAAAAUUCAAAACUAUUGAAGGGGAAUUAAAGAAACAGAAAGAAGUAAAUAAAGACUUAUUGAAUGAGAAAAUGUAUUUGAAAGAAUCUUUGAAAGUGCAAAAGGAAGCUGCAGACACAAGAAAAAGAGAGCUGGAAACACUGCAUAAGAGGAUUUGUGAGGUAAAAAAAGAAAAAGCAGAACUUCAGUUCUUGAUUGAUGAGAAGGAAAAAGAAGCUGCCUCUUUGAAGAGGCAAGUGACAGAAGCUAACAGGUUGAGAAAUGAAAGUGAAGAUUUGCUGAGUCAAGUGCAGGAACAGAAGUGUUUGCUGGAUAAAGCCAAAGCAGUGGCAAUCUCUGGGCAAUGUAAUUGCAAGAUAACAGGCACCAAGGUUAAAUUAAAAACAGCCAAGAAAAAGAGCUCUUUGGGACAUCAUGGAGCUUUUCUCAAACAGUCCAUCAAGGUUAUGAGUAAUGUGUUUGAGAACUUCAGUAAGGACGGCUGGGAGGAUGUGAGUGAAAGCAGUGACUCUGACAUAUCAGCUUCUGAAAGUUUGGAAACAGCGAUUAUGAAGACAGUCCAAAACACUGAUCCCCUGCCAGACAGAAGUAAACAAGAAGAAAAAAAGCCCUGCAGUGUGCUUCAUUUAGAAAUCCAAAAUGAGCAAUAUAAUAAAAAGCACCAUACAGAGCAGGCUGACAUAACCCAUAAGAGGGGGAUAGUCAGCUCAAACAGAGCAAAAGGGAGAAAUACCAGUAUUCAGAAACUGGGCUACUCUGUUACUCUACUGCAGGAAAAAAUUAAGCCACUGUAGAAGCAGGUAGCUGUUGUACAGAGGAAAAAAAAGACCACAGUGGCUUCCAUUAAAAAUGUUAUACAAGCCAAUGACAUAUUAACAAGUCAGCUACAUUUGCCUGAUCAGAGACUUCAAUCAGACACUCUUACUAUCCUUGUAAUUCAAAGCGGCCUGGCCAAGUGGCAAGUGGUGAAGGAAGAUUUACAAGGAAAAUUAAAGUUGAGAGAACAUCUGUCUCAAACUGCUGGCAAGAGUGAAGCCACACCAGCUCCUUCAAAGAACACUGAUUUAGAGAUGAAACAGCUGCAGUGCAAACUAAAGAAUUGGAACACUGAGAUCGCUAAGCAAUCGACCACCAUUAAGUAACUUAAAAAACAAGUCCAGGAAAAAGAAGAAUGGAUUCAGGAGCUGCCAGGGAAAAUUUCUGAGUUGGAGAGGGAUGUGAAAAGGCAUUUGACAGAAGGCUUGAGGUCUUGCCUAAAAGCAAAUCGAAAUGAGAAAGCCUCAAAUGAAACACUGGAAAGUCUUGAGAGAAACGUGAAGGCACUGGCUGAAGACAAAAAAGCUUCCAAUGACUCAAUGAAACAAAGGUUUGAUGUAGCUAUGAAAGAGAAGUCUCAGUAUGAGCAGGUGUAUCACAAAGCUAAAGAUGAUUUGGAGAAAAGGGAUCUCAAGAUUGCUAAACUAGAGAGAAAAGUGAUGGAGAGUGAAUGUGCUGUGAGUGAGCUUGUAACUGCUGCAUCUCAACAACUUCAUUGCUUGGCUAAGCAGAGUACACAGGCUUUGGAGACUCUACAGAAGGAGCUGCUGCUCACCAGUGACAAAGUAGAAGAGUUCAAGACAUUUGUGAAGUCUCUAACUGGAGAAUUACAUCACAGUGUACAAGAGCUUACAAAAAUCAAACUGGCAAAAAAACUGGGAGAAACGAAAGCAUGCAAAAAGGGUCUUUCCCAAGAGAGUUUUCAGUUAGCACCAUCUAUCCUCAAUGUUUCAACAAGUGAUUUUUAUGAAAUACUACAAGAAGGAGAUGAUGAGGUAACAGAAACAGAAAUGGAAUUUGAAAAAGAUAAAGAAUGGCUACAGCAUAUACAGAAACUUCUUGAAGGACAGUUUCCUUUUGCCUCAAACUUAAUGGAUGCUAUACGAAAAUUAAAUGAGAAGAAGAAAUUGGUAGAAGAGUACAGUUCCCUCAUGAAGCACACUGUAUGA